AUGGUUUGCCACCACAGAAAGCAGCUUGGCGCAGUGGAAGCGCGCAUUUGGACUGUACUUAGUUCCGCCUAUCAAUAUUCUUGGCUUCCUACAGCAUGGGGCCAUGUCUUGUUGUUCAAGGCUGCUCUUGUCGUGCAGAUACCCGUACUCGCUAACUAA